AUGGCCCCAAAGAGAAAGACGACUGGAUUGCCGGCGUCUCCCAAGAGAAAGAAGCCGGCUUUAAAAGAAAAAGAGAAAGAAGAGGCGAUUUUCACUGUUGAAAAAGUCGAAAAAUUGUCGGAGGAAAUACAAAAGGAGUCCAAGUACAACAAUAUCGUCACCUUGCUCGACCAACUACUGAAGGUGGGCAGGAGUUUAGUAGACUCGCAAGAUCCAAGUUUGGAAACACUUGGACGUAGUGUGGCACUUGCAUUGUUCAAAACUUUCCAAGUCUUGUUCAAAGACGGAAAACUACAACCUUCAGCCAAGAAGCAAGAUGAGAAUGAACGAAUCGUGGCUAAAUGGUUGUUGGACAAGUACCGAGUUUUUAAAACAACCAUAGGCGAAAUAUUGAAGCUGAGCUUACCGCAUGGAAAAUCAUUGCAGUUGGACUUGUUUGACAUCAACUUGAAGUUGGUCAGAGUUGAGGCUGAAAACAGCAAGGAAAGACAAUUCCCCAUUGGUACUUAUCGAUUACUACUCGAGACACUAUUGGACAAUGAAAAUGGCACAGUCUUGCCGGAUGGGUUAUCAAGCAAUUUUUUAGUUUUGGAAUAUGCCACUGUUUUUGAGAAAUACUGGGAUCUUGAGUUUUAUUUUUUCAACGCUCUUGGUGAGGCACUAGAGCAAUGGAAACAGCUGCUAUCACCACAGCGGUUGGCCAUUAUCCUUUCCAACUACAUUACCAUCAUUCGAAAUGGGCUAUUAUAUGCAAAGGAGGAUUUGGAAAAGCAACCAACUUGGAUCACAAGUACCCGUCUUCCAUCUUCACUUUACAAACAGACGCAAUUUAAAGCCCAAUUUCAAAAGUGCAUCUUGACCAUUUUCUCGUAUCCUUUGCUUGUAUCGCAAUAUAAAGCCAUCUUGUUAAUAUUGCACAAGAAAAUCAUCCCAUACAUGUCGCAACCGCAAAGCUUAAUGGAUUUCCUUACCGACUCCUACGACAUCCAGGAUGACCUUGUAAUCCCCAUUUUGGCACUCAACUCCUUGUAUGAGCUCAUCAAGGACUACAAUAUUGAGUAUCCCGAUUUCUACACCAAGCUCUACUCUCUUUUGAGACCAGAGUUGCUAUACACGAGAUAUAGAUCAAGGUUUUUCCGUUUAUGUGAUUUGUUCUUGACUUCCACCCACUUGUCGGCAAACUUGGUUGCGUCAUUCAUCAAGAAACUAGCCCGGUUGUCAUUGACAUCAAGUGUAUCGGGUGUCGUCAUCAUUAUCCCGUUUAUCUACAACUUGUUGAAAAGACACCCCACAUGCAUGCUUAUGAUCCAUAAUACUAACCGCGCGGAAAAAUAUCAAGAUCCUUUCAACAAUUUGGAAACAAACCCAAUGAACACGCAAGCUAUAAACUCGUCAUUAUGGGAACUAGAGACGUUAAUGAGCCAUUAUCAUCCCAAUGUUGCCACUUUAGCAAAGAUAUUUGGCGAACCUUUCAAGAAACCUAGUUACAACAUGGAAGACUUUCUUGAUUGGACGUAUCAGAGCUUAUUGGAAACGGAAAGGACUAGAAGAUAUAGAGGCCAAGCAGCUUUGGAAUUUGAAGAGUUUGACUCGGUGUUUGGCGGUGGUAAUACUAUUGGAAAUGUCUUGUUGGAAGGUUGGUUGUUGUAG